AUAGAACCGGUUCACCCUACCAAUGGGGUUAAACAUUGGUAAUUACUGUCGCUUGCCAGUGGGAGUUGUAAACACUGGCACCAUUACUGACGCCUGCCAGUGGGAGUUGUUAAACACUGGCACUUCUGUAACCUUGCCUAUGGGGUUAAACAUUGGCAACUACUGUGCCUGCCAGUGGGAGGAAACGUUUUGUUAUUGAACUAAAUCUGAUUUUGCAUUGACGGUUUUGUGAUUGAACGUUUUGCUAUUGAACCAAAUUUGAUUUUCGCAUUAACGGUUUAUCAGUGAAAGUUCUGUUAUACUUACAUGGUUUAUCUAGCAUGCUUAAAAGUUUUACCCAAGGGCUAUCCAUAUUUACUUACUGAGUUAUCUCAUAGUUUUCCUUGUCCACCAUUUCAGGAAGCGAUACCGAGGACGGGGAAACCGAGGAGAGUGACGAGUUAGAAGGCUAGCCAUCUGAAAUUUGAUAUAGAUUUUAGAUACAGAUUAUGAUCUUAUAAGCUAGAUUGUAAUUGGAGGUUUAUAGCUUCAUUUAAUGGGUUGUUAGUUUAUAAGAGAUUUGAUUUGGAGAUUUGAGUUUAAGGUAUGUUGGACAUAAAAUUAUUUUGAGAUGAUUGAUUUGAGUUAUUGGAUUGUCAGAUGUGAUUUGGAUAAGUUCCGAGCCUUGUGCACUUGUGGGACUCGUCUCACGAGUGCACGGCGUCUGUCACGUCCCCGGAUUUGGGUUCUGGGGCUUGACGAAGGAUAUUAAUUGAGGUUGCAUAGAGGAUAAUCUUGACUUCACUUGUGUAAACUUCUCACAUCUUACCCAUAAAGGCAACAAUUUACUCGACGAUCUGUUCAUUUUAGCAUUACAAGCUAGAAAAGUCUACCAUGUUGAAGAUGAAAGGGACAAUGGUUGGCUUAUUGUCAAGCUUGCUAAAUUAAGAUAUGUUUUUGACAUGAGGGUACAACACAAUAGUCUAUCAAUGGGGGAUAACAUUAAAGAUAUGACUUAGGU